AUGAUUGCUCAACUCAUUACUGUCACAGUCAUCUUCGUACACACCAACGCGGAAGGACGCCAUGUUGAUCUUCAUAAUCACCGGCUGAGGAAGGUACCAACCAACAUCCCGUCAACAACAGAGAGCUUGGACUUGAGCGACAACCUGCUGAAAACCAUACCCAAUGACUCCUUCAUCAAACUGAACGCCUUGACCAGUCUGGAUUUGUCAGGUAAUCGGCUGGAGAGGUUAGAACCGUCAGCUUUCAGGGGAUUGUCAAGGCUCUCCACUCUCAGAUUGAGUGAAAAUAAUCUGCUUCUUACUUAUGAAGCUUACCCUGUUGGUGUUUUCAGACCCCUGCAAAAGUUAGAGGCUUUGGCAUUAGAAAAGAAUCUCCGGAACCCAUAUUCAGAACUCGGUGAAUAUCCCGAGCAGAUCUUUAGUGGUCUCAGUUCUCUGAAAGAAUUGAGAAUCGACGGCCUGAGAAAUGUCUCUUUUGGAUCCGGUUUUUUGCAUCUGUCUUCACUGAAGUCCCUGUAUGUAAUUGACGAUAAUAAGCAGGUCACACUCAACGCACACACUUUCGCUGUGUUUGCAAACAUGUCCAUUGAAACUUUGAGGAUAGUGUGCUUAGGCAUGAAACCAGGGACGUUAAAACAUUUCCCGUUUUUAACAACAUUGAACAUGCGCACCGAUGGAUUAGGAAGAGCUUUAUCUGCUCUGGUGGAUCUCCGAUGGCGGAACCUGACAUCACUCUCUAUCGUCAGGGCAAACGAGAAUAGAGGGGGCAGACUUAAUCCAGAAAACCUCAUCCUUACUACCAACAUGACUGCUCACCUGGCUACAAUGUGUGUAAAACACCUGGAUUUGUCGGGCAAUAAAAUUAUACUGGUGAACGGUGACGUGCUGUUAGACUUUCAUUAUCCCGAUUCGUAUAAUUACCACAACUACCAGUGGGCCUGCAUUGUUCUGAGAAACGUCCUAGAGAAUGAGAACAAUUACACUCUGUGCCUCCAUGAUCGUGAUUUCCCCGUGGGUGUCAGCAUACAACAGAACAUUGUGGACGCCGUCAACAACAGUCGGAAGGUCAUCCUGGUGAUCAGCAAAGCCUUCCUGACCAGUGACUGGUGUGAGUUUGAAAUUCAAAUGGCGGGCAUGCGCAUGGUGAGAGAUGGUCGUGAGAACGCCAUUAUUGUGAUCAUGAUGGAAGAGAUCCCUGUGGCAGAAAUGCCAAGAUCGCUACUAAAUCUGUGGAAACACAUCACAUUUCUUCUGUGGGAUAACGAACAAGCUGACGAGCCGGAAUUCUGGGACAGGUUACUUGAGGUGAUGGCGCGUCCUUAG